AUGAUGUCCGGAGGUUCUUCUAGCUUAGGUGAAAAUGUUAACCAAAUUUCUGCCCUUGUUGUUGAUGAUGACCCUGUCAUCCGCAAACUUCACUCUGCAAUGUUGAAGUCGUUCGGAGUGAAUUUUCAACUCGCUGUAAAUGGGAAGGAAGCUGUUGAUCUUUACCGCAACAAAGGAGAGCUGCGAGCAAUGGGAGUGAUAACCAUUAUCGUGGGUGUGAGCUCUCCCUGUUCAGAUGAGGAGAGGGAGGAAUUCAUUUCAGCUGGUUUAGGCAGAUGCUAUGUGAAGCCAUUGACCCUGGGGAAGAUCAAGUCUCUUCUUGAAGAGAUGAAGAAUUGA